CGUAGCCAUGGGUAGACAAACUACGAAAAAGGGAACUCUCGCUUUUAUUUCUAAAAUGCCCCAAUAAUUUCACGUAAUUACCACAAUGUCCCUUGACUCUGAAUCAUCUCCUUCCUCGAGCAGGGACUGGUUCUUCCCUCCACAAUCCUUCCUACACUCUCAUCCCGCCAAGUCUCCCAACUACAUCCGCCGUUUUUCCGAUACUUCUCGCUUAUCUCGGCGUUAUACCGAUUACCAUAGGUAUCGCAAGACUUCUUCCUGUAUUUCCGAUUCGCAUUCUUGUUCAACCAUCACUAAUGAUGUCAAGUUUGCUCGUUCUCGACGGAGAUUUUAUUUUGAUCGUCGUAGUGAUCUCUCGCUUAAACGUUCCGAAGUUGAAUUUUCUUCAAAACCGAAGUUGGAGCUGCCGGACGUCUCGAGCUCCGCGAAGAAAGUCUCUGAUACUUCUCGUCUGUCUAAGUCGUUUGACAGUUCGCUGAAAGUUCGAUGGUUGUUUUUGGCUAUUGCAGCAUCGAUUUUUGUCGUGAGUUUUGCAACGAUCGUGCAUGAAAACUUGUCUUUACAGGAGCAAGUCAACAAUUUAGAGACCCGGAUUUCUAAUCUAAACAUCAAAUUACGGGCUUGCAAUUUGUUUGACCAUGGAAAUGAAGAUGAUGUACGUUCACCAGACGAACUUGCUGAUGUUGUUACAGAUAAAAGAUUAAAAACUUUAGCGUUAAUCGCAUCCCUUACACUGUUGUUUGCUCCUAUCAUUAUCCUUAAGUACAUUGACUAUAUCUCUAAAUCGAGAUCGUUGGAUCAUAAUUUGGAAGAAAUUUCACUCAAUAAACGACUUGCGUAUAAGGUGGAUGUCUUUUUCUCUAUCCACCCGUAUGCUAAGCCACUGGCAUUGUUGAUAGCAACUCUACUAUUGAUUAUGCUGGGAGGUUUAGCAUUAUUUGGAGUGACAGAUGAUAACUUAGUCGAUUGUCUUUGGCUAUCUUGGACGUACGUGGCUGAUUCUGGAAAUCAUGCCAACUCUGAAGGUUUUGGUCCCAGGCUAGUUUCAGUUUCUGUUAGCUUCGGUGGGAUGUUAAUAUUUGCUAUGAUGCUUGGCCUUGUAUCCGAUUCAAUAUCUGAAAAGUUUGACUCACUUAGAAAAGGAAGAAGUGAGGUUGUUGAACAAAAUCACACUUUGAUACUUGGAUGGAGCGACAAACUGGGGUCACUUCUGAAUCAGAUUUCUAUAGCCAAUGAGAGCUUGGGAGGAGGAAUUGUUGUGGUGAUGGCUGAACGAGACAAAGAAGAAAUGGAACUUGACAUUGCUAAAAUGGAGUUUGAUUUUAAGGGAACCUCUGUUAUAUGCAGAACUGGAAGUCCAUUAAUUCUGGCAGACUUGAAGAAGGUCUCGGUAUCAAAGGCCCGUGCAAUUAUUGUUAUUGCUGAGGACGGAAAUGCUGAUCAAAGUGAUGCCCGUGCAUUGAGAACUGUUUUAAGCCUAACUGGAGUUAAAGAAGGUCUGAGAGGGCACAUAGUAGUGGAACUUAGUGAUGUUGAUAAUGAGGUUCUUGUUAAACUUGUUGGUGGAGAGCUUGUUGAAACUGUUGUGGCUCACGAUGUGAUUGGUCGUCUAAUGAUUCAAUGUGCUCGACAGCCAGGACUUGCUCAGAUUUGGGAAGAUAUCCUGGGUUUUGAAAACUGUGAAUUCUACAUCAAAAGAUGGCCACAAUUGACUGGUAUGCAAUUUGAGGACGUAUUGAUUAGCUUUCCUGAUGCAAUUCCUUGUGGAAUCAAGGUUGCAUCACGAGGUGGAAAAAUUGUACUGAAUCCUGAAGACUCGUACGUCCUGGAAGAAGGUGAUGAAGUUCUUGUUAUAGCAGAAGAUGACGAUACUUAUGCUCCAGCUCCUUUACCUACGGUCUGGAGGGGAAGUCUUCCCAAAGACUUCAUUGUUCCAAAAUCUGCUGAAAGAAUCCUGUUGUGUGGUUGGCGGCGAGAUAUGGAGGAUAUGAUUAUGGUAUUGGAUGCAUUUUUAGCUCCCGGCUCAGAGCUUUGGAUGUUCAAUGAUGUUCCUGAGAAUGAGAGGGAAAAGAAACUUGUUGAUGGUGGUCUUGAUAUCAGCCGAUUGGAGAAUAUAUCUUUGGUUGACCGUGAGGGAAAUGCUGUAAUUCGGCGUCAUUUGGAAAGCCUUCCUUUGGAAUCAUUUGAUUCAAUUUUGAUUCUUGCUGAUGAAUCUGUAGAGGAUUCAGCUAUUCAAGCUGAUUCAAGAUCUCUAGCAACGUUGUUGUUAAUACGUGAUAUUCAGGCUAAGCGUAUGCCGGUCAGAGAUGCCAAGGCGACAGCACACAAAGGAAGUUUCUCACAAGGCUCCUGGAUUGGAGAAAUGCAGCAGGCUUCUGAUAAGUCUGUUAUUAUAAGUGAAAUUCUGGAUCCAAGAACUAAAAAUCUCCUUUCAAUGUCAAAAAUCAGUGAUUAUGUCUUGUCUAAUGAACUCGUCAGUAUGGCUUUAGCCAUGGUGGCUGAGGAUCGACAGAUAAAUGAUGUUUUGGAGGAGCUCUUUGCAGAAGAGGGUAAUGAAUUGCAUAUAAGGCAAGCUGAUCUAUACCUUCGCGAAGGUGAGGAACUGAGUUUCUAUGAAGUACUUUUACGAGCUCGACAACGAAGAGAGGUUGUAAUUGGUUACCGUUCAGCAAAUGCUGAAAGAGCUGUUAUCAACCCUCCAGCCAAGAAUGAGCGACGGAAGUGGUCUCUAAGAGAUGUUUUCGUAGUGAUAGCCGAAAAAGAAUGACAUCCAUACUGAUAAUUUUACACCGUAGGUGGAUUAACAUAUAUCCGACGGGAGAAAUGCGAAAACAUCAAAAAGUUUGGGAUUCACAUAAAUUAUUCAGGUGGUGGCUGGUCAACAGGUUUCCCUUUCGCUCUUAGCUUAGCUGUAGCUUCUUUAAGGGCUUCCUUUCUCUUUUUACUAGCUAGCACUUUUGCCUGAACCCCACUCAGAUUGGGGUCCUUCUUCUCUUUCGGUGGAGGUGGCGGCGGCCUUCUUGCCGCUGCCUCCGCACUCCGAUCAACCACAUUCACUCCCAGCAUUACCCCUGUCAAGAUCAAGGCAGUGUUUCUGCAAUUUUGAGCCACACCACAUUGGGAUAUGGCUAAUGAUCUUAGAGAAAUUUGAACACAAAAUUUAUAAUACACGUAACAUAUUAGUAUGGUCAAUUGCAUAUAAUAACAAUUACGCAAUGGAAUUUAUAGAUAUAACAAAAUCUAGAACCAACUCAGAACCUAUCGUUGAUAAAUUAGUACUGGUGAUAUAAUGUUGUAGAUAUUCCCUCGUAUUGGACUUGUACCUGCGUGAGAUGAGAUUGCUAGGUUCGGAUUCAUUGCAAGCGUUGCUGCGAGCUUGUGGAUUUGGAAGCCUAUGAUAGGAACAUUGUGUGUUGCUGAAACGGAUAGAGCGUGAAAUGGUGGCUGUGACAUUGGCUGUGGCCGAUAUAGAAGAUAGUGAAUGUGCCAUUGUUUCUCAAUCUCACAUUACCAUGUGGGAGUUUACGAUAUUAGAAUAGAAGAGACUAUUUUUCUUCUCUUCUUUUGUGCAAUACAUUUCUUACGUGUAAACAACAGACUAUCAAAGAGGAUAUCGCAUGGGGGUUCUCUAGAGAAUGGAUAUUGAAAUCUAUUGGUUGGUUGUGGAUAA